AUGACACUCAUUCGAGGAACAAUAGGAAAGUUAGACAAUCUCUUAAAAUAUGCCGCUCAUGUCAGUAAUCAAGAAGUCAAAGAUCGCGAUCCUAAAAGGAGAAGGAUAGAUCUUGAAAAAGAUAUACAACUCGUUUUUCCUAUUGAACUCUUAGGAAUAGACAAACUACCCUAUGACCAACACAGAUCGCUACUCCAGUUAUUAAUCGAACAUCAAUCUCAUGCGAUCAAGUUAGAUUGGGAUUAUAUUGACAUGUCAGAAAGUAUUUUUGUUCGUAUGACAGCAACCUCACCUGAUAAUCUGAUAUUAUGGGAAAACGAGUGCGUUCUAAUGCAACAAGAUAUGAAUGCAUGUUAUAAGAGGAUCCAGGAUGAACGGCAAUUGUUUACAGCCGUUGCCUUGGCUGCUAAAUCCAAGUUACUGGUUGUCAAUGAAAUCAAGCUACUUGAUAGUUCUGGUUUAUGCAUGACUGUCAGCAUCAAAAUAGACUCAAAGAGCAGAGGUAACAUUUUGGUAAAAUCGAUUUGUGAUUUUAUGCAGAAAGAACAAGAAGAACCAGAAUCUCCUCAAGAUAGUUCCUUGGAAGCAUUCUUUGAUACUUUACGUCCACCUGUUUCUGAUCACCACCUUGACAACUAUACCUCUGAGCAAGUCAUCUCUCAUUUGGCACCUUUUCAAACACAGAAUGUGCAGUGGAUGCUCAAAAGAGAAGGCCACUGUGCAGACGCUUUAGGCAACGUAUGUCCAUUAUCAACCUUAUACGAACAGCCUCCGCUCUUACACAAGUACAUCAAUGGAUCUUUAGUAAACCAAGUGACUGGAGAAGAAGUAAAUGAUGCUGAACGCAUCAAAGAAUUACAGAUACAGUCAUACAGAGGAGGAGUCUUGGCAGAUGAAAUGGGUCUAGGAAAAACUGUUUGUGUCAUCUCUCUAUUAUCGAAGCAUAGACACAGCAAAGACAAUCCUUUUCAUCCACAAGAAGCCAUGUUUUCUGAUUUGACCAUUUCUUCUGCCACAUUGAUUAUUGCACCUGGUCCUAUUAUAGGGCAAUGGAGCACUGAAAUUAAGAAGCACGCUCCUGGUUUACGUGUCUAUAUUUAUAGUGGAAGAGCAAAUAAUGAUACUAUUGCAGCGAGCGAGCUUGCAGCAUAUGAUGUAGUGUUAACACACUAUGAGACAUUUAGAACCGAAAUAAAUCACUCAAAGCCACCUCCAGAACGACCACGACGACAAGCUGUCAAGUACAGAUUUCAAUUGAGCCCUCUAGUGUCUAUACUUUGGUUUCGUUGUGUGCUGGAUGAGGCACAAAUGAUUGAAGCAAACUUCACUAGAGUAUCCAAGAUGGCCAAACGCAUUCCUCGUUGGUACUCUUGGGCUGUAUCUGGUACUCCAAUGAAGAAGGAAUACACCGACCUAUAUGGCAUCUAUGAAUUUUUACAAAUCGAAAGGACAUUUACUCCUCAGCUCUUUGCAAAGUGUGUCAAUGACAAGAGAAUGCGGCCUGUAUUUCUUGAUUUUGCAAAGACUACAAUAAGAAGAAAUACAAAAUGGUAUUUAGAAAACCAGAUUCGUAUCCCCAAGCAGCAUCGCCAUGUCGUCCGUGUGCCAUUUUCUACAAUUGAACAGCAUUAUUACGAUGAUCUUUGGAGAAAGUGUCGGGACGAUUUACAUUUAGAGUGGUUAGAUAGUAUCAAUUGGACUCUACCAUCGAACGCAUCACCUGAAAUUACCACGAUGUUUAAUUCGACAAAGCUUCGGAUGAGAGCAUGGCUUCUUGCUCUUAGACAGAAUUGUAUUCAUCCUUCAGUAAUCACAAAUGAUUCUAUGCGUAUAGAAAAGAGGCCUACUGGAAGUAAUAAUCAAACAGACGUGCAAUCACUAUGGGAAGUUUUGGAAUAUAUGAGAAAAUCCGCAGAAGAGACACUGGAUAAUCAUCAGCACGCGUAUUAUAAGCUUAAAUUAAAGUCUGCAGGCAUGCAUGAAGUCCUCAAAGAUUGGAAGGCUGCCUUGGAUGGUUAUCUGGCUUCUAUCCCCAAAGUAGUCGAACUUGAACAAUAUCAUUUCAAUAGAGUUCAGAAGCAUAUGGACAAGAACAAGCAUUUAUCUAAUGCAGAAGAAGAAGAAUCUAACAGAAAGUUGAGCGCUUUGAAGACGAACCAUAACAGAUGGCUGAUCUUGCUACACCAGUUCUAUUUCUACACCGCUGGUGUUUAUCAUAUACUGGGACAAGAAGAUAUGGAGACAUUAUACUAUAACAAAGCAGGCGAUAUACGUCGAGUUAUACUUGAAAAGGUGGCUGAUAAGGUCGAUACGACUAUGAAGGAUAUGCAAAAAGCGUCCCAAAGAUUUGUAUCUGAUGAAGGCGCGUUCCACGUAGGCGGACGUAAUUUUGAUAUAGAUCUAUCUAUCCUGCAAGAAGUAGAGGAUGAAGACGAUGAGGAAAUAGAGGAAGAUGCAGAGAACAAAGAAUUAAGAGCACAGUACGAUGCCAACGCAUUUGAAAAUGUGAAAAACAUUGGCAUCGUUUUGGACAAGCAAUUGGAAAAGAUAUUCUAUCUAAGAGGCAAGCUUUUGCCCUUUUUAACUCAAAAAUUAGUUGAUCAAGGAGAUUCCACAGAGGCAAACGCUACAGGUGAAGAAUAUAGUAAUUCUUUAUACGAGCAAGAGAUGUGUCAAGUAUAUUUGAAUGCCUAUCAAGCAUUACUCCAAGACCGAAAGUUUAUUAUUAAAGGAACUGUUCCUUCAAUAUCCGAGUUGAUUACGGGAGACGUUGAGAAUGGUGAAUAUAUGAGUGAAGAAGCAAGACGUAUUCAAUCUGUCGAAAGUAGCUUCAGGAAGCAUUUGAAACACAAUGGAUCUUUUCGGAUUGAAUGUAUCAAGGACACAGAACAAUAUCUACGAAAACUGCGAAGUGACAUUGAAAAUGUACCAGAGACUGAAGUUGCACGCGCAGUCAUAAGCGAACAAUGUGAAUGGAUGAGGACAGUUGUCCAUACACAAACUAAGCUGAUUGAUUACUUGGAUGAUGAUGUUCGAAAGAUAUCAUCCUUACUCAACGCGCGUAUAGCAUAUUACAAACACCUUCAGCAGAUUUCUGAUACUUUGCUUGAAUGGGAGAGUCCAAAUCCUAAAAAAGAAAUCGUGACUCUCAAGAAGAAUGAAGAACAGAUGGAAGAACUAAUAGCGCAAGCUAAAUCAAGAAAUCAGUACUUUCAAGUACUUACAGAAGAGCAAAAUUUAAUGCAUAGUUCUGGACGAAAGGUUCAAAAGGACUGCUUGAUCUGUCAAGAGCCUAUAGAAAAAGGCAUGAUUACUUAUUGCGGCCACACAUCAUGCUUUCAAUGUGGAUACAUGUGGAUCAAGGCCAACAAACGAUGCCAUACAUGUAAUAGCAAAGUUCUUUCUAACCAGUGGUAUACAAUCUCGUACAAGCAGGCCGAGAUCCUUAAUCAUGACAGCUCGCAUGACAAUACAAACCACAGCGAAUCUGUUCGCCACGGCGAGAUAACUAAAAGUGAUUCCAAAGCUCUGUCUGCGGUACUAGAACGAAUAAACGAACAAGAGAUUAUUGGAGAAUAUGGCGCAAAGCUAGAUUGUAUCAUUCGACAUAUACGAUAUAUCAAGUUGACAACCAACGGAAAAUGCAUUGUUUUUUCACAGUUUCCCAAAGUGAUUGAAAUGCUCAAGCAUGGCUUAGAAAGGAACCAGAUCAAGUGUAUGACCUUGACCACAGGAAAGAAAAGGGCCGAUGUGUCCCGAUUUCAAGAAGAUCCUGAGAUCACUGUGAUUUUAUUGCACUCGAGAAGUCAUUCAAGUGGACUUACCUUAGUUUCUGCACAUACAGUUUUUAUAGUUGAGCCGGUCCUCAGCCAAUCUUUAGAAAGACAAGCUAUUAAUCGCGUACAUCGUAUUGGGCAGACUCAUGAGACAACUGUUUUUCAUUAUAUCAUACAGGAUACUAUUGAAGAGCGCAUUCAUUCAAUAUACAGUAAAAGACAGGCUAAAAACGACAAGAUUGUUUCUGGUAAAGAAGAUUUAGAACUAUCCAAACCUUCUGAAGGUGGAGGAGAAUUUGUUCAUGACGAAGAUCUUAGACGAUGCUUCACAGAAAAUGUAGCAUAUGCGCUCGAAAAUUAG